UUAAAAUUGCAGUGCUGUCAAAAGUCCUUGAACUCUAGUCAUACGCAUAUAUUCAACAUAUUGGUAACAUCUCUUUAUAAUGAGGAUAAAUACAAAUGCAUCCUUCCAACUCACGUUUCAUGGCUGGUUUAAAUCUGUUUGUAUGUUUGCUGCCUAUCGAUUUGUCCGAAGGAUGGCGACUUUCCAUGCUGAACUACACUGAUAAGGGCAUCGGCUGUUUGCAUGAGGCAAUAAAAGAAAAGAUAAGAUGGGCAGGAGUGCGCAAGACCAAGACCCAUCAGGACUCAUAAAAAAGGUCAAUACAGUCCCACAGUGAAAAUGCAGGCAGGCAUUAUAGUAGUUAGAAGCAUCAUCAGGUACAGAAUACAAUUGUAUAUCUGUACAGUUGCCCACAGACAAACCAAAGGAGUGAGUAGGAAAAAAGUAGCACUUUUAUAGAAUACAUUCAUUAAAAUUUGUUGAGUUUUGAUCUAGAUCUAGAGACCCCCCCACACACAUACACACACACGCACACACACGCACGCACGCACGCACACACACACGCACACGCACACACACACACAUACAUAUAUAUACAUAUAUGUACAUAUAUAUAUAUAUACACAUAUAUGUACAUAUAUAUACAUAUAUAUAUAUACACAUAUAUGAUCUAGAUCAAAACUCAACUAUGAGACCAGCUGUUUUAAAAGCAUUCUGGUUAGGCGUAAAUGCCUGUAACUGGUUGGCUCUGAUGAGGUCUUUGGAGGCUGAUGUAGAAGGCUUUCUUUGACACAGAGUCCAGCUGACUGCUUCUCAUAUGGUGCUUCUAUAAAGGAGGUCAGUGCAGUGCUCCAAACCUUCAGAACCAUCAGAAAGAAAGUUGAAGUUUGGCAUUCAUUCACCCUGUUUAGAUCCAGAAAGAACAGGUGUUUGUCAUAGUCCAAAGUUCCUACUCCACUCUGCACAACAGUCACCAUCUUUGUUCACAACUGGCCAUAGGUGCUGCACAGUAUGUAAAUACACUGCCUCUAUGUGAGUGGUGAAGUAUUUUAGCCCCUGUCCUGUUUCAUCCACAGGCAGAUAGAGUAGACUUCUACCAGUGGAAACCCCCCCAGAAGAGCUUCACUUCCCUAUUCCGGUUUUAGUUUUAGGGUCUCUAAGUAAGUUGGAUGAAGACAGUGAAACAGAGUGGGUCACUGAGGCAGGAGUAGGUCACAGAGGGGAGGAAUGGGUCAUAGAAGGAGGAGGACUGAGCCACUGAAGGAGGGGGGGGUGGUAGAGUGGGCUAUGUACGUCUCUACACAAAUAUUUCCCUUCUGCAUGAGGGUGUUUGUGGAGGACACAGAGUGUGCUUUGUGCCCUUAGCACUCUGUCCUGACCCCGCCCCUGGCCCCUCGUUCUGAGACCCUCUCCUGAAACUCAGCAGACCACCUCACAUCAGAGAUGCUGCUGCAUUUCUCUGCGUUGCUCCUCAUCCUCACACAACAGGGUUUGGGCAGAACCACCAACAAUGGGCCAUAUGUGUCUGGUCGGGUGGAGCGGCGGCAGUUCUGCCAGUGGCCCUGUAAAUGUGGCUCGCGUGCACAGUGUGCCCCUGGGGUCAGCUCUGUGCUGGAUGGAUGUGGCUGCUGUAAGAGUUGUGCUCGUCAGAUCGGAGAUAGCUGUAACGAGAGGGACGUGUGUGACCCCCACAAGGGCAUGUACUGUGACUUCUCCCGGGACCAGCCCAAAUACGAAGUUGGUGUGUGUGCUUAUCUGAUGGCUGUGGGCUGUGACCUGAAUGGACUUCACUAUGAAAAUGGAGAGGCCUUCCAGCCGAGCCCACUCUACAAGUGCACCUGCAUUGGAGGAGCCAUCGGCUGCACGCCCGCCUUCAUCCAGAAGCCUGCUGUUUUAGGCCCUGCUUCUUUGAUGGCUAGUGUCCCAGCAGGCCUUCGGAGUCCCCACAGUUCUAAAAAGCACCAACAGGACACUACCUACAUGUCAGCUUACAGGGAUCCUCCUUUAGUCUGGAAGAAGAACUGCCUGAUCCAGAGCACACCCUGGAGCCCAUGCUCCAAGAGCUGUGGUUUGGGCAUCUCUGUGAGGAUAAACAACAACAACAGCAAGUGUGAGAUGAGGAAGGAGCGACGUUUGUGCCUGCUGCGGCCCUGUGACAAGACCCUCCUCAAAAGUAUCAAGAUGCCAAAAGGAAAGACAUGUCGGCCCAAAUUCCAGGCAAAAAAGGCGGAGAAGCUGACACUGUCGGGUUGCACAAGCACCAGGAAGUUAAGGCCCAUGUACUGCGGCAUGUGCACAGACAAGCGCUGCUGUGUCCCCAACAAGUCACGCAUGAUUCCAGUCAGUUUUUUGUGCAAGGACGGCUCCAGCACACGGUGGAAGAUGCAGUGGAUCACGUCCUGCGUGUGCCAGAAGAAGUGCAGUGAUCCAGGGGACAUGUUCUCAGAGCUACGCUUGCUCUGAUCACUCAAUAUGAUAAGCAUCACUUUGCCAUUGCAGCUUUAAUUGAAGCUUAACAUGAUGAAAUCAUGUCCGAAACUCUUCACCCAUUGAGCUGCAAACCCUGAAAAACAUUUCACAUCUAGAGGAUAAUAAAGUUUUGUGUUGGGAUGUAUAUUGACUGUAUAUACACCACUUGUAUAAAGAUAGACCCAUACAUUAUUGACAAACCUCAAAAUAUUAUUAAUGUAUCCAUUCACCCUUUUUUAAUAACUAUAUGAAUGAAGUAUCCCUUCAUGAAAAAAUA